AUAUAUUAAUUAUAGUGGGGUGUUUCUGUUUUUUUGGUAGCUGAAGAGAAGGAGAAGAAUAAGAACUAACAAGAUCUUCUUCUGUAGAACAAGGUUCAUACACACACAAUCUGGCUAGAGAGAGGUCGGCUUCUCUUACGCAUGUUUGGGUUUGGUUUCUCCUAGUUGGAAAAGAUUUUCUUUCACUCUGGCCGCUGCAACAAAGUUAAACUCUUCUCGCACCUCUAAGAGGGUGUGGGGUAUUACUAGUGAAAGAGUUAUUUUGGUUUGUGUUUUGAGCAAAUCCAGAUCAUCACACAUUUGGAGAUUGUGUCGUGUUUCAGUGGGUUUGUCAGUUGAUUAUGGCUAAGGCUAUUAUUGGAUAAGUCCCCAGAAGCUUGAUGGUAGUUUGUCAUUGGAUCUUUGUCUCAGGCUUCUGGACAUUAUUGAGUAGAACAAUUUGUCAGUAAUAGGUUUUCAUGUAAGAUAAAAGCAGGCAGUGUGUGUGAAUGUAGCUCCAUACAAUAUCACCGCAAUGGUUAGGUUUUCAUGUUUCAACUCUCAAAUUCAUAGCCCCAAACCAAAGAAAGCAGUUCAACCUUCUGCUGAGGCAUUGUAUAAUACAUUAGAAGAUUGUUCCCAGAGUCAAAUCUCAAAGGAUUCACCCAUCCCUUCCAGCUUAAACCCUUCAUCAUUGAAGAUGCAGGGAGAUGCUCAGAUUGGCAGCACCAAGCAUGAUAUAAAUUUGUCUUCUGCUGAUAGUGAUUCAAAGUCAAAGGACAUGAAGAGCAAAUUUGUUAUUGAAGGCGAAAUAGGAGUUAACCAGAGGGGCCAUAGGAAAAGUCAGUCUCUAGAAAGUAGAUUUUUCCAGGAGGGGAUGAUGUCAAACAAUGCAACCCAGGAUGAGACUUAUCUGGGUUUUUCUUGUGAGGGUUCCCAUAACCAAAAAGGGCUAGUGGUAUCAGGUCCGAGCAAAGAUCAAGGAGUGAGCCAAUCAGUCCAGAAUCAAGAAAGUCCUACUUUGGGGUCCUUUCAAUUAAUUUCUGAUGUUGCCAUUAAUGAAUCAAUUUUCUCAAUCGGAGAUCCACCACAUUCGGAGAAGGAAGGCCAUGAAAAUUCUGAUACCCAUUUAUCUGGUGAAUGUGCUGGUGACUCUGGUGACCACACACCUCGUACCCCACCUUUGAUUGUAAAAUCAUGUUCUUUGCCCAACAUUGGGGCCUCUAUGCCCACUUCUGUAAGAUGUUCUCCUGUCAGACACUUAGCACUGCGGUCGAGUUCAUCUGGCAAUCUGCAUACGUUAGAAAUGAGGCAAAAAGAGAUAUCAGUUCAUGAGUCUGAGAGGCCUGUGAUGCGAGAACAAGAAAGAGAUGAUGACAUUGAUAAAGCUGAGAAAAAUCAUUUUGAUAAUUCACUUGAUGAUGGAUAUGAUUUGUAUAAUUAUUCUAAUUUAGCAAAAGACUGGAUAAUGCCCACUAUGGAUGAGGUAAACCCUGUGAAAAACUUUCAAGGAAAAUCCUCUGUUCACAAUUUGGAUGAAGUGCCAGGUAAGGAUUAUAAGAUCAAGCGUAUUCAGGAGUGGGUUAAUGAUCUUCAACUUUGCAGCCCGCUGGAAGAAACAAACGAAUCAUUCCAAUCUGAGGACCAGGUAAAUAGAGACUCCAAUAUCCCAAACAGUUGGACUGCUUUGAAGGUGGAUGGUAAGGUCACUCCUGGCAUGGAAGCUGCUAAAAAAUAUAUCUCUUCUUUGAGUGCAAUGGCCAACACAGCUCACUUGUCAAAUCAUGGAUUGGUUGUGAUCCCAUUUCUUAGUGCAUUUGCAAGCCUGAGGGUGCUCAAUUUGUCAGGAAAUUCUAUAGUGAGGAUAACUGCUGGGGCUCUUCCUCGAGGACUUCAUGUGUUGAAUCUUUCAAAAAACAAUAUUCCAACUAUUGAAGGUUUGCGUGAACUUACACGACUUCGUGUACUGGACCUAAGCUACAACCGGAUAUUCAGAAUUGGACAUGGCCUAGCUUCUUGUUCCUCUCUGAAGGAGUUGUACUUGGCUGGAAAUAAAAUAAGCGAGGUAGAAGGUCUUCACCGACUAUUAAAACUGAAUGUGCUGGACCUGCGUUUCAACAAAAUUUCAACAACCAAAUGUCUUGGGCAACUUGCAGCUAAUUACAAUUCCUUGCAAGCCAUCAGCUUGGAAGGAAACCCAGCCCAGAAGAAUGUUGGAGAUGAACAACUGAAGAAGUAUCUCCAAGGCCUUCUUCCACAUUUGACAUACUUCAACCGGCUGCCUAUCAAAGCCAGCAGUCUGAAGGAUGCUGCAGAUAGGUCAGUUCGGUUAGGCAUGGGUUCUCAUCAGUUUGAUCGUGGCCUUAGAUCAGAUCACAAGGCUCCUCGUAAGGUUAGUCAUGGUCUAGCUGCUCCCAGGCCCUCGUCUUCAUCAACUCAUGGUCGUAAAAGUCAAGCAGUGGUCUCACCAAAACGGUCCAAGGGCAGGCAUGGGCUCCUGCCCCCUAUGGGAAACAAAGCGACAACACAUAAUCGGCAACAUCUUGAUUUCAGCAGCAAACUUCUGAACUUCAGGUCAGAUCUUUCCAUUCGCAGGAGUCGAAGUGAAGGAACUCUAGGAGCUCUCUGAGGUGAUUUUGUGCUUUACAGUGUUCUUCACAUGAAAUUUGGGUUUUUGUUGUGUUGGUUUUUAUGCCUGCAAUAUUUAUUACUUGUGAUAUUUGAUCUUUCUCUCCUCUAUGAACAGAAGCUAUUGUUUAAAUUCACUGUUUAAGAAUAAUCAGUUUGUUUGACAUUAUUAUUUAAUAAUAUCAAAAUUUGGGAAGCUCA